CAAAUAACAGUUCCAUCCUAAUCUAGUCAUGUUCAGGUUUAUAGUAAGAAGUUCCAUCCUAAUCUAGUCAUGUUCAGAUUUAUAGUUAACAGUUCCAUCCUAAUCUAGUCAUGUUCAGGUUUAUAGUUAACAGUUCCAUCCUAAUCUAGUCAUGUUCAGGUUUAUAGUUAACAGUUCCAUCCAAAUCUAGUCAUGUUCAGGUUCCUGGUGAACGGAACUAAAGAGUUUAAGAAUGACCCAUACAUGACUAGACAGAAUUCGCUUUCCUAUCAUUGGUCCCCUUUCUGGGAGGAAUGUCCUGUUUGUCAUCCAAAGGUACAACCCGACUAUAUCUUGCACAUGGAAACUCUAGAUGACGACAUAAAUCAGCUGUUGUCUGAUGUUGGACUAGGAGAAUACCGCAAUCUUUUCCCACAUACUCAUAAACAAAAAGGAGGCCAGUCCUCUGAAUAUGUGGAGGAAUUGAUCAAUCAGAUUUCAGCAGAAUCAUUACAACAGCUGAACCAAAUCUAUGAAUUGGAUCAUCAACUCUUCAUGUAUAAUCAAAUGAGAAAAAGCUAGUGAUUAAAGGGACAGUAAGUGUAAUUUCAGAUGAUAUCCUCCAUGCAAAAACGGCAAUUUGUUCGAAUUUUGUCCAAGUCACCAUGAGAACCAAUAAUGAAAAGUCAAAUACCCAAAAACUUGGAAAGCUAACUCCUACUUGAUCAGAGAAAGCCUUCUCAGGGUAACAUUGUUAAUUGCUCAUCGCCUUCGCUACAUGGAGGGUCAUUUUAAAUUACGCGGACAGUCCCUUUAUUAUUUGUUAACUUUGAGAAUUACCAAUUUACCAAUAAAUAUUUGUAAACUA